GAAGAAGAGGCCCUUCAAUUCCAGAGGAGAGCGGCAGGCGAGGCCUCCUGAGGCGGGCAUCCCCGCUGCCAGGCCCCGCCACUUGCGCAAUAAAAGGCCGGCUCUCCCGAGGCCUGCCUCCAUCCAUGGCCUACUUGGCGCUCCGGCUCCUUGGGCCGGGCCUGGGCCUGAGCCUGGGCCGGGCCUGCGCGCACCUGAAGCGGCCUCCCGGGCGCCUGGCUCCCUCCCUUUCCUCCUCCUCCUCCCCGAUGGAGCCCCGCGUGGCCUUCUCCCCCGCCGGGCGCAGCCUCUUCGACCAGCCGCUGGGCGUCUCGGUGGAGGUGCUCCGUCCCGAGCAGGAGGUCACCCUCCGGGCUCGGCUGCAGGACGAAGCCGGGGAGGUCUUCGAGUCGCGGGCCCUGUUCCGGGCCGAUGGCGAGGGGCGGGUGGACGCGAGCCGGUCGGAGGCCCUGGUCGGGGGCAGCUACUCGGGCCUGGAGCCGCUGGGCCUCCUGUGGGCGCUGAAGCCGCAGCGGGGCCCGAGGCGCCUGGUUAAGCGCCAGGUGGAGAGCCCCUUCCUGCUGGAGGUGGCGGUGCUCGAGGGCCACGGCGGAGGCGGAGGCAAGCUCCUGGCCAAGGGCAGCCACGAGCGGGCCUUCCUCGGCCCAGGCCUCGCCAGGAGCCCCGUCAGGGAAGGGCCGCUCCGGGCCACCCUCUUCCUGCCCCCCGGUGAUGGCCCCUUUCCUGGAAUAAUUGAUAUUUAUGGAACUGGAGGAGGUCUUCCUGAAUACCGAGCGUGUCUCUUGGCCAAUUAUGGUUUUGUUGUGUUAGCACUGGCCUAUUAUGGCUAUGAAGAUCUUCCCAAACAAAUGAAGGAAUUCCAUCUGGAGUAUUUUGAAGAAGCUGUAAAUUACAUGCUAAAACACCCCAAGGUCAAAGGCCCAGGAAUUGGGCUGCUUGGACACUCCAAAGGAGGUGAUCUCUGUAUUUCCAUGGCCUCUUUCUUAAAGGGUAUAACUGCGACUGUCACAGUCAAUGGCUCUAUAGCCAAUGUUGGUGCAACACUGCACUAUAAGGACAUCACCAUUCCACCUCUUGGCUUUAACCCAAAACGGGCCAAAAUGGAUAAGAAUGGGCUUGUUGACAUUAUUGACGUACUAGACAAUCCACUUGAGGGCCAGGGGCGCCAAAGCCUUAUUCCACUGGAGAAGGCUGAAGGACACUUUAUGUUUAUUGUAGGCAAGGAUGAUCAUAACUGGAAAAGUGAAUUCUUUGCAAAUGAGGCCUCCAAAAUUUUGCAAGCUCAUGGAAAAGAAAAACCAGAGAUAAUCUGCUAUCCUGGAGCAGGACAUUACAUUGAACCACCUUAUACACCAAUGUGCCCAGCUUCCAUGCAUCUCUUGGUAGGUCGCCCAGCAAUAUGGGGAGGGGAGCCCAGGGCUCAUGCAGCAGCACAGGUGGAUGCUUGGAAGCAGAUCCAAGUUUUCUUCCACAAACACCUCAGUAAUGAACAAGAUGAAAGACAGAGCAAGCUGUGAGAGCCCUGGGUAUGUGAUGCAAAUGCUAUGUAUCUUGUAAGAAAGAGUCUGGAUGUAUGUUAUGCUAAGCAAAACGUAAAUGGAAUAAAGUUGAAAUGUAUACAGUGUAAGCAUCUGCAAGGAGACUCUGAUGUGAAGGGCCCAGUACUUCCACCACUACCACUCAUUAAACUUAUGCCUAAGGUA